AUGGAAGCAUCGAUUAUCAAGUUAGGCAGUAACUAUGGACAAGUUGAGCUUGAGAAUGUACCACUGAAGAAGUCUGCGUUACGCAAGCUCGAUAUACCACUACAGCCGGCCACCUCGGUGCGCUACGACGUAGAGACAGUCGAAGUGUACGAGCAGAACAAGAAGGAGCAGCAACUUGAUGAGCUCGAACGAUAUCACAAGAGGCAGUUGCUAAGUUAUUGGGGUUUGCCGAGCGGUGACGAUUCUGCGUCGCAGCAAAACUGGUGGGGUGCUUCACUUGUUUCGGCUAUUGUAAAUAAUAUUCAGUUGGUUUUGACGAAUGUGCAUAUUCGAUAUGAGGAUAGUACGACUUUACCGAAUGAUAUGUGCUUUGCUUGUGGAAUGCGUAUACACAAUGUUAGCAUGCAGACCACCGAUUCACGUUGGGUUAGUGUUUCUUCUCAUUUCAUCUAA